AUGGUAUAUGUCCAGAAACCUUUUGAUGAACUGACUGUUAAUCAAAGUCAGAAGAAGCGAGUCGCUUACUUCUAUGAUGCAGAUGUUGGUAACUAUGCCUAUGGCGCCGGCCAUCCUAUGAAACCUCAUAGAAUAAGAAUGACCCACUCUUUAGUUAUGAACUAUGGUCUUUAUAAGAAGAUGGAAAUAUAUAGAGCAAAGCCAGCUACAAAGCAAGAAAUGUGUCAGUUUCACACAGAUGAAUAUAUCGAUUUCCUAUCUCGUGUUACUCCCGAUAAUUUGGAUAUGUUCCAGAAAGAAAGUGUAAAAUUUAAUGUUGGAGAUGAUUGUCCUGUGUUUGACGGUUUGUAUGAAUACUGUAUUAUAUCUGGUGGGGGUUCUAUGGAAGGUGCAGCCCGUUUGAAUCGUGGGAAGUGUGAUAUUGCUAUUAAUUAUGCAGGUGGUCUACAUCAUGCCAAAAAAUCGGAGGCAUCUGGGUUUUGUUAUCUAAAUGAUAUUGUACUAGGGAUAAUUGAGCUACUUAGAUACCAUCCCAGAGUGCUAUAUAUUGAUAUUGACGUGCAUCAUGGUGACGGUGUUGAAGAGGCUUUCUAUACCACGGAUCGUGUGAUGACUUGCUCAUUCCACAAGUACGGUGAGUUUUUCCCCGGUACAGGUGAACUCAGAGACACGGGUGUUGGAAAAGGUAAGUACUACUCCGUGAAUGUUCCCCUCCGCGACGGUAUCAAUGACGCCACUUAUAAAUCUGUAUUUGAGCCCACCAUUGCAAAAAUCAUGGAAUGGUACCAGCCGUCCGCUGUUGUAUUACAGUGUGGUGGUGAUUCGCUUUCCGGUGACCGUCUCGGCUGCUUUAAUCUAUCAAUGAGAGGUCAUGCUAACUGUGUCAACUACGUUAAAUCCUUUAACAUCCCUAUGAUGGUGGUCGGCGGCGGUGGCUAUACCAUGCGUAACGUUGCACGUACGUGGGCUUUCGAAACCGGUCUUCUUAAUAACGUUAUCCUUGAUGAGGAGCUACCCUAUAACGACUACUAUGAAUACUAUGGGCCCGAUUAUAAGCUCGAUGUCAGACCAUCCAACAUGUUUAACGUUAACACACCGGAAUAUUUGGAUAAGAUUCUAACAUCCAUCUUUAGCAAUCUAGAGCACACAAAAUAUGCACCUAGUGUCCAACAGAAUCAUGUUCCAAGAGAUCCGGAAGAUCUAGGAGACGUUGAGGAAGAUACAGCUGAGGCAAAAGAUACACGAGGUGGAUCACAAUAUGCAAGAGACCAAAUUGUCGAGAAAGAAAACGAGUUCUAUUGA